UUCACAGAUCAGCAUCGAAGUGUGGGGGAUCACUAUCAGCACUCUGGUUUGUUUAGUGAUGUUGGUCAACAGCGCCCUGCCUCCUAGGGAAAAGUUCACUUAUCAGCGAGCUGUCAGCUUCACCAGAGGACAGAUUAUGUAAGAUAAGAUUUCUCAACUUUCUGCAAGAAUGAAGGCUGGUCACAAGUGCCUGUUUUUCCAGCAUGUUUUGCUAUCUGUCCUCCUUUUGUGCCACGGAAAAGAUGUUUUCUUCAACGACAACAAAAACCUCAUACUCCCUGGGUCCUACAAAGUCGCGUGGAUGGCAGGCGUGCAGGAUUUCCGCACCCUGUCGCUCUUGACCAUCCCUGGUACCCACGAUACCAUGGCCCGCUACGGAGGCCCAGAGGGCAAAUGCCAGGCUUGGACCCUGAACGAUCAGCUGAGGGCUGGCAUCCGUUUUUUGGAUCUCAAAGUGUUCUCUCUGUUUGACACCCUCUACGUCAUGCACGGCGUGAUGUAUCAGCGCAGCACUUUCAAAGAGGUCCUGGACACAGUGAAAGCCUUCAUGUCCGAGUUCAAGACCGAGGCGGUGCUCAUUAGAGUGCAACCGGAGCCUUUAGAGAAAUCCACAGUCAACAACAAGGUGCGGAGUCUGAUUGGCAACGACCAGCACGUCUGGGUGACCUCUGGGAUGCCCAACAUGGGUCAAGUCAGGGGGAAGAUUGUCUUUUUGCAGGAGAGCACCUUCACUCUAGGAAUCCCUCUGGUGGAGACAGAAGGUAAAAGCAAGGUUACCAACGUUAAAGAUAAAGACAACAGAAUAAUAAAACAGCUGAACCAAGCCAAUGAAGCCUGCGGAGGGGAUAAUGCUGUGAUGACCUACACCAGUGGCACUGGCUUCGGUACUUUCGGGGGAAUGUUCCUGACUCCAAAGCGAGUGGCUGAGAAGGUAAACCCAUGGCUUGAUCAGUACAUGAGGCAGUUUUACCCUAACAAUCCAAGACCAUGCUUUGGUAUCAUUGCCAUGGACUUCCCUGGCAUCGACCUCAUUCAAACUGUUAUUAAUGUCAACUGGGGCGGUGUGGAAUAGGGGGUAGAGUGGUCGUUCUCCAACAAGAAGGUUUCCGGCUCACUCUUCAUUUUACUCUCUAGAAAGAAGUAAUAAAUCUCUUGUAAAGCCAAACUGAUUCUUUACUCUUCCCUGUCAGUUGAUUUCUGAAGAAUGCAUUAUUCACAAUUGUUUUCUGACCAUAAUUAAGAUAAAAAAUAAAGAUUACUGCCUCCUCCUCA